AUAAACCCUACCUGGGCCUCACAGGCUCAUUUGCAAGAGGACUUAAGACUUCUCAACUCCUAAGCUUUGGCAUCGUUGUACAAUUCUUUGUGCAGGAUCUGUUCCCCGCAUUGCGCAGAAUCCUCUAAAUGACAAGGGCUCUGUUCUGACACCGGCACACACAGUCGCCCCACGCACACGGCCUCUAGAGGGCAUUACCGGCCUUGAUUGAGAAUUUACGCGAGGCAGGGAGAGCGGGAGGCCCAUUUUCUGCUCCGUCACUGGUACAUUUAGGAAGAUGCCAGAGCCCAAGAUGAGCAUGACAUAACCCCAGUUUCCGGGAAGUGUCCGGGGAACAGGCUUAGGAUGGGCUUGCCAAUACCUCUGGGUCGGAACCCCUCGGCAGGUAGUCUCCACUCUGCGGAGAUGCAACUCAGGAACUUCAGGUUCGCGUUUCCAGCCCAGUCCUCGGGUGCUGGGAGGAAGGGACAGGGACUCUGCCUUUGUGUGCCCAAGGCCGGCUCUUGGAAGGAAAAGGGUUAACGCGUGGACCGCGCAGGAUUCCUAGAACCGCUAGAGGACGCCCGCUUGUGUCUCUGCCGGGCGCUUACGGUCACGUGGCGGUGGGGCGGGACCAAACGAGCAGGUGACCAAUCGGUUGUGCUGGCGGUGGGCAUCGUGGCCAAUAGGAAUAGGGAGUGAGGUCCCGGGACUAAAGGAAACGACGGCUGGGAGGGGGCGACAGGACCAUGGGCCUUUUGACCAUCCUGAAGAAGAUGAAGCAGAAAGAACGGGAACUGAGACUGCUCAUGCUUGGCCUGGACAAUGCUGGCAAAACCACAAUUCUCAAGAAGUUCAAUGGGGAAGAUGUGGACACCAUCUCUCCAACACUUGGCUUCAACAUCAAGACCCUGGAGCACCGAGGGUUCAAAUUGAACGUCUGGGACGUGGGUGGCCAGAAGUCACUGCGCUCCUACUGGCGGAACUACUUUGAGAGCACUGAUGGCCUCAUCUGGGUGGUGGACAGUGCUGACCGGCAGCGCCUGCAAGACUGUGCAAGGGAGUUGCAGGGCCUGCUUGUGGAGGAGCGCCUGGCUGGAGCCACCCUCCUCAUCUUCGCCAACAAGCAGGACCUGCCAGGAGCGCUUUCCUCUAACGCCAUUCAAGAGGCCCUGGAGUUGGAUUCCAUCCGCAGUCACCACUGGUGCAUCCAGGGCUGCACACCCUCCACGGGCAUGGGCACCAGCCAGCAGACUAACACCCCACCCCUGUCCCCUGUAACCUGCUGCUGCUACUGCUGCCUGGUGUCCAGCCAGGGCCAAGGAAGAGAGUGCUGGGACGGGGAGGGGGCACUACUGCUGCUACCAAAGCCCCUUAUUGUCCUCUACUAUGGUGAGAAUAAAGCACUCCUUGCCUGA